UCAUGCUUUUCGGGAUGCUUUGCGGUUUCUGGAUGAGGUUGGGUAAUGUUUGGUCGUAAACGAGGGGACUGAAGGUAUUGCUUUUAUUCCCAUGUGGUUUAUUUUUUGGACCAGGUGUUUUAUUUACCUCGGGGCGGAGAAGAAAAUGAAGACGCCGACGUGCGUGACGUCCGCCGAGGCAGACGGAGUCUCCUGUUUCCGUUGAUGUCAAAGGGAACUGACUCCUAUCUCUGUUCACUUAUACACACAGGUAUUUCUAGCCUCAAGUCCUGCCUCCAAUGAGAAAAACUCUGAUCUCUAAUAUCUAUGGAGGAUGAUGGAUGUCCCAUCUUCUAAUCAGAGCCAUCCUCCCUGUCAUCCGUGGGCUGUCCAGAACGGCUGGUCUUCAGACGCACCUGCAGGACCUCUCUGCAAUCCUCGGCCCCACCUCCAGCAGCUCAGCUUGGGCUCUGCAUCUAACCAAAAUCCGAGCUGCAACCACCCGCAGGCAUCCGGCCAUUACUCUAAGAGCGGCAUUGCUGCCUUUUCAACCAGGACCAACCCUCAUCACAGCGUUCAGUAUGUUAAUAAUGAUGAUCACAGUGUGCAGCAGAGCGUUCCUGAUGCUCAUGUUUUAUCCAGAGCUCCACCUAUAGGCCAAGAAAGGAAUAUACCGCCAUGCUCUCUUCCAUAUAUGAAUGAGGAGACGCAGCAUUUCAAUCCCCAGGAAAUACCACAUUAUUCCCCUCCUAAUCCUUACCAAGCAGUAGAUCCCUCGUUCUAUUCUCAACACGCAUAUCGAAGCCUACUGAAUCAGCCUCAGUCACCCGCUCAUAAUCUUCUUCCUGCUAUCCCUUCGCAUGUCGAUCCUCAGUUAAAUUACAAUCGACAGCCUGCAUCCGACGCGGUGAACCUGGGGUCUUUUGUUGGCUAUAAUGAAGCACCGGCCUCACCCGGGGCUCCCAUCCAGCAGCAGCCUCUAUGGAGUGUUGCAGCACUCUCUAAAGGGAGCAUCAAUACAGCUGCACUGGACCAUAAUUUGACACCGCAGCCUUCCAACCCUGAGUCCCGUUAUGGCCUGAACCCUGAACUGUUACCAAACGCUGUAAAGGUGAUGGCAGAGGACAGAGCGGAGUGGGAGGGAAAGAGUUUCAUCUCAGAGCAUUUUUCCCGACUGCCUCCUCUGCCGACCACUCCGUGUGUCAUAGAGGACGGAGGUAAUGUAAGCCCUUUGGCCAUCCGCUCUGUUACUUACUGUGUCCCGUGUGAUGGGCUGACGGCGCUGCUCAGCAGACUGCCACUGGGGGCGCUGGUUACCCCUUUCAGCAAACAAAUUGCAUGCGAGAAGCCCAUCCCUCUAUGCAGAGACACAGAUUGUGUUGUGGGUUGUCGUUUUUGUGGAGCCGCCAUGUGCCCAGCAAUGGGUUGGCAGGACUGUGGACAGAGGUUUUACUGCCCCUUCUGUGGGAAAUUCAGUGAAGUGCCAUGGCAGCAAUACCAGCCCACCAAAGGAGUGGAGGGGGUUCGAGUUGACAAAGACAAGAGGCCAGAACUCAGCAUGGGGUCAUAUGAAAUACUGAACUCAGAGAAGGGUGAACCUGCUGCUCUUCUUCUAGCCAUAGAUGUUUCCUCCUCUGCACUGAGAGGAGGACACUUAGAGUUUGUAGCACAGGAAAUACAUACGCUGCUCGCCUCAUUGAACAGGGAAGGAGAUCCCUCGUCAGAUAUCCGCGUGGGUUUGAUGACGUAUGACAGCAGAAUCCACCUGUAUGACCUCAGCCCCGAGCUGUCCCGUCCUCACAUGCUGGUCAUCGCAGAGACGGAAGACCUGCAGCUCCCUGUGAGGGAGGGGCUUCUGGUGUCCCUUAAAGACUGUAAAGAAAGUAUAGACAGUGUGUUGCAGCUCAUUCCUCAGUUCAGUGCUGAGUGCGGUGACUCCAGUGGACCUCCCAUUGAGCUUCCUGUUAAAGCAGGCCUGGCUGUGCUGCAGGGCUUGAAGUGUCCUGGGAAACUGGUUAUCUUCCACACUGCUUCUCUGAUAGAGACGGGACACACAAACUCUUCCUCAGGGUUCUUUGGGACCAACAAACCAAAGUCCAUCUUUCAGCCAUCGGAAAAAGCCAUGUCAUUGGCUAAGGAGUGCAUCAGCCAGGGAUGCUGCGUUCACAUGUUUGUUCUCUCACAGCAAGAUGUGGGCGGGGCAUGGCCGGGCCACAUUCCAUAUUUAACUGGUGGAGCUUUGCACACCUACAGCUACCUCCAGGGCGAAUUGGACACAGAGUGUUUCAGCGCGGAUCUACAGCAGAUUGCUGAGCCAGACACAGGCUACAAGGCUGAGCUCAGGAUAUUUGUCAGCAAAGAUUUACGUGUGUCUGGUUGCUAUGGGCUGUUUGUCCCUGGUUCGAACCCUGGACACAUCACCAUGGCAACACUCGACUGGAGGACCACACUGGCUGUGGAGCUCGCACACAGCAAGGCUUUGGAUGAGACGAGAGGCGCAGCCAUACAGGUUGUCCUGUCUUACACUUCACAGACGGGAGAGAGAAGGGUCAGAGUUCACACUUUGACACUAAGAUGCUCACGCCACCUACAGGACACUUUCAGGAACUACCAGGCUGAAACCCUUCUCACUUUCUACUGCAAGAAAAUGUACUGUGCUGUCUUAGAGCGCCCUCUGCAGGAGCUGAGGGAGGAACUGCAAACAGAUGUAACCGAAGCGCUGGCAUCUUACCGCAAACACUGCUGCUCGUCUUCAGUAUCUGCUGGGCAGCUGGUCCUUCCUCAGUUCCUGCGAGCUCUUCCUGUUUACGUCAACAGUCUGAGGAAGAGUGAGGUGCUGCUGCCGGGUCUGAGGAACUCCGUCCACCAGCGGCUGCAGCAGCGCUGCCGGGUGCUUGGCCUAGACACCUGCAGCACCGUCAGGCACUUCUACCCCCUGCUGCUGCCUCUGCUGCCUUCAGUUGACAGCUCCAGUCCUCCAAACAGAGAGGGGGCGCUACGCUGCACUGCUUCCAGCCUGGAGUCCAGAGGUCUGUAUCUGGUUCAUGCACCCUUCACUGUGCUGCUCUGGGUGGGCACGCAGGUCCCAGCGUGUGCACUUGUUGAGCUCUUCAACGCCAGCUGCUUUUCUUCGCUGCCUUCAGGCGAGACCAACCUCCCAGCUCUUGAAAGCCGUUUGUCCCUCAGUGUUCGGUCACUCAUCAGCUCGCUCAAGUCGGAGGUUCCCUACAGCCGCAAGCUUGUGGUGGUGAAACAAGGCGACACCUGUGAGGAGGCACUGCAGCGCCACCUGGUGGAAGACAAGAGCCCCAAUGGAGGGGCGUCCUACGCGGAUUUCCUGUACCAUCUCCACAUCAACUCUGUCCGUCUCCUGCAGUGACACACACACACACACACACACACACAGAGCUCUUUGGGUGCUGCAACAAGCUGAACAUUAAGUGACUGAAAAAAAAUCAUGAUAUUAUUAUUAAUACUAGAAUUAUUGUCAUUUGAAAAUACUUAGACUGUUCACAAAUGUAGUAUGUGCCUGAGAAGUGACCAAUUUUAUUUAUUUAAGGGACUGUGGCUCAGUAGGAAGAGUAGUCCUCUUGCAAUCAGAAGGUUGUGGGUUCGAUUCCAGCUUCCUCCUGCCAUAGGUUGAUGUGCCCCUGGGCAAGGCACUUA